AUGGGCGACGCGAAUGGUGAAGCGCCGCUGGGCACGUGGGCGCAGCGCAAGGAAGCGCGACGCAACAUGUACGCGAGCAGCACCGACCAAGUUCGUGUACAUCGUCGAGGCUUGGGAGCAUCUUCAUCAGCAGCUUCCAGCAUCGCUGCCAUGUGUCAGAAAUGUCUUCGGCCGGGCCACUGGACCUACGAGUGCAAGAACGAGGCCGUGUACGUGCACCGACCGUCGCGGUCUCAGCAGCUCAAGAAUCCAAAGCUGCGUCAGCGAUUUAAUACGGAUAAGCCCCCUGAAUUGCAAGAGGAGGGAGGCAAGGCGUCGAAGAGUGACAAGAGAAAGAAGCUGAAGCGCACGGUCCAGGAUCGAGCGAGUGUCAAGAAAAAGACGAAGAAAAGCAGCUCGCAACGCAGACGCAGACCUAGUGUCAGCAGCGGUAGCAGUAGUAUCAGCUCGGACUCGUCUUGCUCGGACAGCGUGUCUAGCUCGGACUCAUCGAGCUCGGGUAGCCCGUCUAGCUCGGACAGCCCGUCUGGCUCGGAUAGCUCGGAUAGCUCAGACUCAUCCAGUAGCGAGAGCGAGAGCACUUUGUCCUCGUCAGGCAGUGACCAUGGCUCGAAGCGGAAACAUCGUGUGAAGCGGCGCCGCAAGAACCAGAGAUGA